AUGAAGAUCAAAAUUGUUAAUGGAGUUACUUUAACUACCAUUGAGGAUAUUGGUGAAAAUGUUAUGCUUGACUUUACUGAGCUUUAUCAAUCUACAUCACAAGUUACCCCUGUAGACUCCAAUUUAUUUGCUGAUGAAAGAAGUUACAUUAGCACCCUCUCUUUAACUCAAGCUCCUGAUGAAAUUGAAAUUCUCUCUGCUUUUCAAUCCAUUUUUCCUAACAAAGCUCCAAGCCCAUAUGGUUUCUCUUCAUCAUUCUAUGUGAACUGCUGGGAUAUCAUCAAGAAGGAGGUUAUCCUUACUAUUCAAAGUUUCUUUCUUGGGGAUGACCUAGGUAAGGAAAAGAUUACUUUGGACAAUUUUCAUCCUAUUUCUCUUACCACUGUUAUUUCUAAAGUCUUGAGUAAGUUGAUUGUGAAUAGGCUUCAACCACUUUUCUCAAAGAUUAUCUCUCCACAUCAAUCCACUUUUAUAAAGGGUAGAGAGAUUGCUGAUAACAUCCUCCUGGCACAAGAAAUGAUUGAAAACAUGGAUAAAAAAUGUCGAGGGGAAAAUAUGGUUUUUAAACUUGACAUUAAAGAGGCUUUUGAUACCAUUAGUUGA